AUGUUGAAAAACGGCGUCCUCACAAAUGUACCUUUUGGAUGGGCUGCGGGUGGAAACCUGACUACAUUGUGCCCCAACGGGUCCAAAUGGGUCUGGGAAGGUCUUGGAGAAUGCGCCCAGGAUGCGAGAGACAUGGCCAGCGUCUACCUGGGUCUGCUGUCAAUCCUGUGCUUCAUGAUGUCGUCUCUGCCUCAGUACUAUAGCUCGUGCAAGACUGGAAAUAUGGACAGCGCACUCUCAAUUUGGUUUCUGCUGCUGUGGUUGGGAGGCGACACCUGCAAUCUGGUGGGGUCUUUUUUGGCAGACCAGCUUCCGCUUCAGACUUACACUGCAGUUUAUUACGUACUGGCGGAUCUGAUGAUGUUGGCAAUGUAUUUGUACUACAAGACCAAACACAGAAUGGCUGAAAACAGGCGGGUUUUGCACGUAGUGGGCGUGGCCUGUGUCCUGAGCAUUGCAAGUUUCGCCCACUUUCCAGCGUGGGUCUCAACACAACAGGAAGCAAUGCCUGAGACAUAUAGGGGGCGUACACUGCUCUCUAGCACAGAUCUUGCCGCGUCAUUUACCCCAAAAGAGAUUAUUGGAUUCUCGAUCGGCUCUGUAUCCUCAGUGCUGUACCUGUUUUCCAGACUUCCCCAGAUAUAUACUAAUUUCAAGAGGAAGUCAACCGAGGGAGUGUCUUUCUUCCUUUUUGCUCUGGUCAUCCUUGGAAACACCACGUAUGGCCUGAGCGUACUGCUUAAGAACCCUGCCCAGGGUCAAGGAGAGAACAGCUACGUGAUCCAUCAUCUGCCUUGGCUUAUCGGAAGCCUAGGAACACUCUCAUUGGACCUCUUCAUUUCCGUCCAGUUCAUUAUCUACCGCAAAUCAGCAGACAUGCUGGACGCCAGUUCCUCGGAGACGACACCUCUGAUGGGGGGAUAA